AUGUCUUCCACUGCUGUUGGUGGGAAAAUUGAAUUUACUCCUCAUCGCGAAAUAGCCCAUGUUCGUCAGGAUUUGUCUGUGACGAAAGAAAUUUUGGCCAUUGUAAAAGAUGAAAAUGAGCGCCUUCGUUCUCUUGCUGAGGAGCGAACAUUAGAAAUUACGCGAUUGGGUGAGGAAUUAGAAGAAUCAAGGCGUGUAUUUCUAGAUCAAAAACGUUUACUGGAGUCGGAGAACGCCCGACUUAAAACUAACUUGGCUUCUAUCGAGGAGGAACUUGCAGAGUCUCUUGCGGAGCGUAAACGUCUUUCAGAUCUUAUUCAUGGUGUAAAAGGACAAGUAGAUGGGAGACUGACUAAAUUAAUUGAAGAACUUCAACAGAAAGACGAGUCAAUUCAUAGAUUAGAAUAUCAGAAUAGAGAGUAUGAGCGUGAUAUUGAAAGGCUUAACCGUGUGGUAAAAUCAGAGGAUGCUUUGGCUUCUGAGUUGGAAGCUAUACAAGGAAAGUACUCUGCCGCAUCAUCUGAGGUCUUAAUUCUUCAGGAGCAGGUGGAUCGGUAUCAGCAUGAAUUAUCCUCACUUCGUGAAAAAACUCAGCAGUUGUCUGAUAGUGGAAUUGGUGACGGCUCACAAGUUAGUCGUUUGCGGGAAGUUCUUUCCUUAUUUCCUCUGUAUCGACAAUGGCUUUCCGAUGUUGAUGUUUCGCUGAGGGGAAUUGAGGAUCAAUUAGAAAUCUCCUUGAACAAUAGUAUUGAUUCCCUUGCACUUGUGACAAAUCCGGGGGUUCCUUAUAAACCUCCAAGUUUGGAGAGGCAAAGAUUAGCCAUAAUGAAAAAGUUUGAGCGAGACCAAAAAAAGAAUGAACUAGUUAUGUAUCCUGAAGUUUGCGACUCAUAUGAAGAGUCUCUGGCUUUUUCUGUGCAUGCAAUUCGAAAUACAUGGGACUCUUCAAGGCACUCUCUUGAAAAGGUUGGAUUAUUGUCAAAACAGCUUUUAGAAACAAUGGAAGAGGUUCUACGGGUUUCUGGGGAUUUACAUGCCAAAACGCUGUCUCCACAGCAACCAGUUGAAUUGGAAAUUUCAAAAAAAAGUUCUGUUGAAUGUGAUCAAUUUGCUCUUGUUGAAUCUGUAAAGCAAGAUUUUCAGUUUCAGUUACGUUCUCGUGAAGAGGAAUUACGUAGAAAAGAUACUGAGAUAGCGAAUUUAAAGUCAUUAGUUUCUGUUUUAGAAGGUCAGAAAGAAGUACUUAAUAGUGAACUUUUAAAGGCCAAAGAAGAUUCACUAAAUACUUCCAUUGGUAGUGCAGCCAAAAUAUCGGAACUAGAAUGUAGAUUACGAGAAACUAUUAGGUCAUCUGAGGAAGUUUCUGCAAGAACUCUAACUGCAGUACAGCUAGAGCACGAAAAGGAGCAAAGAGAUAUUAGUGAGACCAAUUUAAAAUUAAAGAAUGCGCUUGAGAUUGAAACUACAAAAGUAGAUGGUAUGAAAAAAGUGCUUCUUGAAAGUAAACGACGACGAAAUAUCCUGGUGGAGGAAAAUGCUACUAUUCGAAAGCAAUUACAGAGUUCGGAGGAACUUGUGAAUUCACUGAAAGUGGAGUUACUCAGUGCCAAACGAACUAUUGAGUUGCUUCAGGCUGAGCUUCACUUUGCUGAAUCACGUGAACGGAGGUCAUCACCCACGUCUUCAAGAACGUUUCAUAUGUUUAAAAAGGUGAUUCAGCGUGAUCCUACCAAUACGAAGACCAUGUUUUUGUCUAAACCUUUAUGA